AUGAUUACGAGUGACUUGGUCUUUUCCAUUUUCUUCUUUGUUCAGACUGGGAUCGGGCUUCUGGGGAACACCACAUUGCUCCUGCUCUAUGUCAACCUCUUUGUUUCCCAACCCCGCCGGAUAAAGCCCACAGAUCUGAUCCUUACCCACCUGACUGUGGCCAACACAGUCACAAUUCUCAUGCAGAUUGCCCCAGGGAUGGUUCUGGCCUUCAGGAGGGAGGUAACUGUAGAUAUAGUUGGGUGCCAGACAACCUUGUAUAUCAGGAGAGUGGCCCGGGGCCUUUCCAUCUGCACCACAUGUCUCCUGAGCGUGUUCCAGGCCAUCACUAUUAGUCCCAGCACCUCCCUGUGGGCCAAGAUCAAACCCAGAGCCCCCAGCUUCAUUUUGCCUUCCUUCCCUUUCUUCUGGACCCUCUGCUUGUUACUAGACAUAAACAUACUCAGAACAACUGAAGUCAGCAAAAAUGCCACAACCACGGUUGGUGGUGUCAUUAGGAGGUUUUGCCCCACUUCACUCCAGGCAUCCGGCUUAAAUGAUGUUGCAUUUGUAAGUGCCAUGACUCUCCGAGACGUCUUCUUCGUGUUCCUCAUGAGCUGGUCCAGUGGCUACAUGGUGAUUGUGUUACAGCAACACCACAAAAGAGUCCAGCAUAUGCGCAAUACCAACCUAAGCCACAAGUUCUCCCCUGAGUCAAGAGCCACCCAGAUCAUCCUGCUCCUUGUCAGCUGCUAUGUUUCCUUUUAUUACGCCAACUGUGGAGUUGUGCUUCUGACUUACGUGGUGAAAGACACCUUGAGGCUAUAUGACCCCAGCACAUUUCUGGGCUCAUGUUUCGCCUUUAUCUGCCCCCUGAUUCUCAUCAGCAAUGAUUCCCGGCUCCGCAGAGGCUGGUGUGCCCAUGAAAUGGUGAGCAAUCACUUUCUUGCCAAAGCUAUCCAGAAUGAACCAUAG